CAUUCUCCCUCCAUUUGGUCCAUUUUAACAAGAUUAAUCAAGAACAGCAGCAAAAUUAAUCAACCAUGGCUGUCUCUCUUUAUUCAUUGUUAUCACCAACAUGCUUCCUCGCUAGUGUUUCUUUUGUCAUGAGCUGCCUUGUGUUGUUGGCAAUUCCAGCCAGUGCAGCAGGGAUCACAAAGCAUUACACGUUUGAGAUAAGGUUGCAAAACGUCACAAGACUGUGCCACACAAAGAGCGUGGUGACAGUAAACGGAAAGUUCCCUGGCCCUCGCAUUGUUGCAAGAGAGGGUGACAACGUGCAAGUCAAGGUGGUCAACCAUGUUUCCAACAACAUUAGCAUUCAUUGGCAUGGAGUCAGGCAACUGCAGAGUGGAUGGGCAGAUGGCCCCUCCUACAUAACUCAAUGUCCGAUUCAAACAGGCCAGAGUUAUCUGUACAACUUCACCAUCACUGGCCAAAGAGGAACCCUGUGGUGGCAUGCCCAUAUUACAUGGUUGAGAGCCAGUGUCUAUGGACCCUUCAUCAUCCUCCCAAAGAAUAAUGUUCCUUAUCCAUUUCCCAAGCCCCAUAAAGAAGUCCCUAUACUUUUCGGAGAGUGGUGGAAUGCAGACCCUGCGGCUGUUAUUAACCAGGCACUUCAGACUGGAGCUGGACCAAACGUCUCAGAUUCAUACACCAUAAAUGGACUCCCUGGACCCCUGUACAACUGUUCUGCCAACGAAACAUUUAAGCUGAAAGUUAAGCCUGGAAAAACAUAUCUCCUUCGUCUGAUCAAUGCUGCGCUCAAUGACGAUCUGUUUUUCAGCAUAGCCAACCAUACACUCACCGUUGUUGAAACAGAUGCAACUUAUGUUAAGCCAUUUAGAACAGACAUUCUCCUCAUUGCUCCAGGACAAACCACCAAUGUUCUCCUCGAGGCCAAACAUCAUUUGGCUAAUUCCACUUAUUUCAUGGCAGCCAGGCCGUAUUUCACAGGCCAAGGCACCAUUGAUAAUUCCACUAUUGCUGGAAUUCUUGAAUACGGAAAUCCAACCGGGUCUGUUUCUGGUUCCUCUUUCACCAACACUUCAAUUACAAGCCUCCUCCCCACCCUUCCUCCAAUCAAUGGAACCUCAUUUUUCGCAAAUUUCACCAGAAAAUUCCGCAGUUUAGCCAAUGCCCAAUUUCCAGCUAACGUGCCCAAGACAGUGGACAAGCAUUUCUUCUUUACCGUUGGCCUGGGAAGCAAGCCGUGUCCAAAAAAUCAAACCUGUCAAGGGCCUAAUGGAAGUAAAUUUGCAGCUUCCAUGAACAACAUUUCUUUCAACCUCCCUACAACAGCCCUUCUUCAGUCCUACUUCUUUGGGAAAUCCAACGGUGUAUACACCACCGAUUUCCCAAGUGUUCCCCUUAAGCCGUUCAACUACACGGGAACCCCACCCAACAGCACCUUUGUGGUUAAUGGCACUAAGGCGGUGGUCGUUAAAUUUAACAGCUCAAUUGAAGUUGUGUUGCAGGGCACCAGCAUUCUUGGUGCUGAAAGUCACCCUCUUCACAUUCAUGGCUAUAACUUCUACGUUGUGGGGCAAGGUUUUGGAAACUUUGACCCUAAAAAUGAUCCUGCAAAAUAUAACCUUGUUGAUCCCGUCGAAAGAAAUACAGUUGCUGUACCACCCAAUGGAUGGGUGGCAGUUCGGUUCCUAGCAGACAACCCGGGGGUUUGGUUCUUCCAUUGCCAUUUUGACGUCCAUCUGAGCUGGGGGUUGGAGAUGGCAUUGAUUGUGUUGGAUGGAAAGCUCCCAAAUCAGAAGCUGCCUCCGCCACCAUCUGAUCUUCCCAAGUGUUGACCUCUGCUCUAAUUUUUCGGCGGAAUUAUGCAUAACUUAUACAUUAAUUUCCGAAUUGGACCCGGCUGUUACCUUCAAUUUUUCAAGACACAGAGACCAAAGAUUAGGAGAUGCGGGAUGGGAUAUUGGGACUGGAUUGCCUUUUUGCUUUUUAAUUUUCAUCUUCUCAGGUUUUGUGCUGUUCGUUGAUUUCUCAUUGUAUCAUCUUGGUUGAGUGUAUUUUUUCAUUUUUGUUUCUUUGCGGCUGAAUGGCCCAAUGGUUAUGUAAUAUUAAUAAUACUCACGGAUCCGCUCUUCUCUUCUUUUAUGUUAUGAAGCCUAAUAAAUUUCCUGAUUGACCA